AGUGCAGGGGUGUCAGCCUCUUCGUUAGGGUUUCAGUUCUCCUUUUUACUCAAAAAAAAAUGGAGGGGGAAAGUUUUCAGGCUUUAAUGGAAAUAAUGGCUUCUGAUAGGAAUUUUGCCAUUAUGCCGUGGGGUUGAAAGCAUUGAAACACUGAAUGGAGACGGUGGAUUCAAUUCUAGAUCUCGUUGUGCAAAAUCCUCCUAAUGAGGAGUUCUCUUCGGCUGACAUUACUUGGAGCAAGAUCCAAAAGGAUAAGGACCAAACUGAUGAUGUUGCCCUGAUUCCAUACAAACGGGUCGAAGAGUUUAUAAAAGGAGAAUGCUCGAAAGUUGAGUGCCCCACAAGAUUUCACAUUGAGAGAGGAAGGAAAAGACCAAAAGGAAGCUUGAAGAGUUACCAAAGCGAUGAGUAUCUUGAGUAUAGACUGUAUUGGUGUUCAUUUGGUCCCGAGAAUUAUGGGGAGGGUGGUGGUAUUUUGCCAAGCCGAAGGUAUAGGCUUAAUACGAGGAAUAGGGCAGCUAGGCCGCAAUCUAUGCGUGGUUGUACCUGCAAUUUUGUAGUGAAGCGCCUAUAUGCACGCCCAUCAGUUGCUCUUAUUAUAUACAACCAACGCAGUCAUGUUAACAAGUCUGGCUUCAUUUGCCAUGGGCCUCUUGAUGGGGAUGCUAUUGGGCCUCGAGCGAAGACAGUUCCUUACAUUUGUAAUGAGACUCAGCAACAAACUAUGUCCAUGAUUUAUUUGGGUAUUCCGGAGGAGAACAUAUUGGAGAAACACAUUGAAGGGGUGGCAAGAUAUUGUGGUAGUAAUAAGGAAGUGAAGAGUUUUGCAUCUCAGUAUGUUCAAAAGCUAGAGAUGAUCAUUAAACGAACCACACAUGAACUGGAUCGAGAUGAUCAAUCUAGCAUUCGCUUAUGGGUUGACCGUAACAAGAAAUCAGUUUUCUUUUAUCAAGAUUCUUCAGACACGGAUUCCUUCGUAUUGGGAAUUCAAACUGAGUGGCAGCUUCAGCAAAUGAUUCGUUUUGGUCAUCAGGGUCUUUUGGCAGCUGACUCGAUAUUUGGUAUAAGUAAACUAAAGUAUCCUCUUUAUACACUCCUUGUGUUUGACUCAAACCAACAUGGGCUCCCUGUGGCAUGGGUAAUAACCCGCAGUUUUUCAAAGCAUGAUGUUUACAAGUGGAUGAGAGCUCUUUAUGAUAGAAUUCAUUCCAUGGAUUCUAGUUGGAAGAUUUCUGGGUUUGUAAUUGAUGAUGCAGCUGCUGAGAUUGAUCCCAUUAGGGAUGUAUUUUGCUGUCCCGUCCUGUUUUGUGCUUGGCGUGUUCGUCGGGCAUGGCAUAGAAAUAUCAUCAAAAAGUGCUGUAAUAUCGAAGUUCAAAGAGAGAUGUUUAAGCGUCUUGGUCAAAUUAUGUAUAGUGUUUGGAGUGGUGCUGAUUCUGUUGAUGCCAUGGAAGAGUUUGUUCAAGAUUUUGUUGACCAAACUGCCUUCAUGAAGUAUUUCAAAGCUUGUUGGGUGCCCAAAAUAGAAAUGUGGCUUGCUGCCAUGAAAAGCCUUCCCUUAGCUAGCCAAGAAGCUUGUGGUGUCAUCGAAGGAUACCAUAUGAGGUUGAAGCUCAAGCUCUUUGAUGACUCCCAACUUGGUGCUCUCCAACGUGUUGAUUGGUUGGUACACAUAUUAACAACUGAAUUACACUCCAUCUAUUGGCUCGAUCGAUAUGCUGAUGAUAGUGGCCUUUUUCAGACUGUUAAAGAGGAGUACAUGCUAUCCACAUCGUGGCAUAGGGCACUGCUAAUUCCUGAUAAUGCUGUCAAUUUUGAUGAGAAAGACCACCUUUUUGCAAAAGUUGUAAGCCAAAAAGAUAGCACUCGGUCGCAUGUAGUGUGGAACCCAGGAUCUGAAUUUGCUCUGUGUGACUGUGAAUGGUCAAUGAAGGGAAACCUUUGUAAGCAUGUUAUCAAGGUCAAUAUGGUUUGUCGCAAUAGUAGCAAGAAUGAGCUGCCUAUGUCGUUUCAAUCUUUUCGUCAAAUUUUAAAUACUUUAUGGAAAAAACCCCAAGAUGAUUCAUUUGAACUUGACCAGUCGAUGGCAUGGUGUACCCAACUUCAUGAAAAAAUUCAAGGCCUAGUUGAGUUAGACAGUUCCAAUGGUAUUGGAAGUUUAGUUGGUACUUUACCUGUGAAGUGGGUUUGCAAGAGAAGCAGAACAGUUGCUGCUAAACCACCUAAUGGUCAGUCGUUACUUGCUCCUUGUUCAAAAAGGUUACCUGCUCCUUGUUCAAGAAGUGCUAAAAGAAGGAAACGUAAGAAGGUCUCUUGAUGGAUGUUUAAAUGCAAAUUAAACUAUGUGCCUCAGUGAUUCUUUCAAUCAACAUCCAUUUGUUUUAUAUCACGCCUUAUUUAUUGGUAGGAAUACUUAUCAUCUUGGACUUGGGUGUUUUGAAAAAGUUUAGAAGUAAUAAUUGCUUUUGCAACAGAGAGCAAUAUCAAUCAGAGAGUUACUAAUGAUGAAAGUCCAAAAAUUUGAUGAUUUGUUUUCUGUGGUUUUCCCGUGUUCAACAUUUGUCUACCAUUGUUUAGUGCAGCACUGUACUUGUCUAGUUAAGAACCUUGAAAGACAUGGAUGGUGCCUUUGAAGCUUGAUUCCUUAUCUGGUACUGGUAAGUUUUUGUUUCUCAAAGUUCACUACUUGUAUCAUUUUGUUGUUUUACUAUGAUUUACUGAUUUGGUCAUUUGGAUGACUAUGACAAAUAGAAGUGCUCCAUUAUUUGAUCCC